GCUGUAGCAUCAGCAGAGGCAUUCGGGAAGUUAGAGGGACAUAAAUUAGGUGACUUACAUUAUGUCUACCACUGCCCCUUGUAUAAUGUACAUUUGCUAAAGCAUUAUGAUGACUCAGCGACACAGUGGUAGGGAUUUAUUGAUCUGGGUUUGAGAGUGUAUAGAGAGUGCAAAAAGAAAAAAGAAAAGCGGAUGGCUUGACCGUGUUUCAAUUAGUGUGAAACAAUGAUGACCGCAUGAGUCAUUGUGAGAGAAAUGUAUAAAAGUGCCAGAAGAGAACCACCGAACGUCUACGCGCUGCACUCUAGAUUCACCAUAAAGUCAAACCCACAGAUCAGAGCCACACUGCAGCAUGGAUCAGCAACCCUUCUGCAAUCCGAGCGUGCCAUUCACUGGCUGUAUCCAGGGAGGUCUGCAUGAGGGGAAGACCAUCACUGUGACAGGGAGAGUCCUGCCAAAUGCCAAGAGGUUUCAUGUGAAUUUGCAAUGUGGCUCAAAAGAAAAACCUGACGUAGCCCUCCACUUCAACCCCCGAUAUGAUGAAUCCAAACACCAUGUGGCCUGCAACACCAUGCUGAGCUCUAAGUGGGGCCCAGAGGAGCGUAAAUAUUAUAUACCCAUGACCCAGGAGGAAAGAUUUACCCUCCUGUUCCUGGUCAACCGAGAUACAUAUUCGGUGAUUGUGAAUGGUGCCCACUUCAUGGAGUACCUGCACCGGAUGUCAAUCACCCAAGUGGACACCAUCUUCGUGUCUGGGGACGUGGAGAUCGAAUCCAUUGCCUUCUCCAACUCUGCAGUGAGGACUCCUGAAACAACCAGCAAACCAGGCUGUCGUAAUGUGAAUCAGUGGAUGUAAAGAAUCUAGCUAGUGUGGGAUCCUGUAUUUUACAUUAUAGCUAUUAGCAUAUUAUAUGAUUAAAUAUUAUCUGAUGUUGGUUGUGUGAGGUGUCUGCAUUUGUGCACUGGAGCAUCAUUAUGAGA